AUGACUGUCUCUUGGCAAGCACCCACGGAUUACGCCAACCGGCCCGUUGCCAUCCUUGGCGCCGGUGUCCUUGGUCGCCGAAUUGCAUGCAUCUGGGCCUCCGCCGGAUAUAACGUGCGAGUACGCGACCCUAGCCCCCAACAACGUGCCGACUGUGUUACCUACGUCGAGAAAAAUGUUGCCUCAUACGCCGAGAACACCGGAAUUGCUCCCGGCAAGGCGGAGGCAUUUGACGACAUGAAGUCUGUUGUCGGAAAUGCUUGGCUCGUUAUCGAAGCGGUCCCGGAGAAUAUCCAGUUGAAGAUCGAUACCUUUGCUGAGCUUGACGCACUCUCUCCUGCUGACUGUAUCUUGGCCUCCAACUCGUCCUCUUAUAGGACUUCCGAAAUGCUCGAGAAGGUCUCUGCGACUAGAAAGCGUCAGAUUCUAAACAUGCAUUAUUAUAUGCCCCCGGCCUGCAUGAUUGUUGAACUCAUGACCGACGGCUUUACGGCUCCCGAGAUUUUCCCUUUCUUGGUCGAACGAACUAAAGAGGCCGCAACUUCACCAUAUGUUGCCAGAAAGGAGUCCACCGGCUUCAUCUUCAACCGUCUUUGGGCUGCUGUGAAGCGCGAGGCCUUGACUAUUCUGUCAGAAGGAGUCUCCGUUCCGGAGGAGAUUGACGCCAUGUGGGAGGAGAUGUUCAUCAAGGGCCGCAGCCUCCCUUGCAAGAUGAUGGACAAUGUCGGCCUUGAUACCGUUGCCUAUAUUGAGGGCCACUACAUUCACGAGCGCGGCCUGUCUUCUGAACAUACCGUCGACUUCUUGAAGAAGAACUAUCUGGACAACGACAAGCUGGGUAAUAAGUGUGCUAAUGGUGGACUUUACCCUUCCGUCGAUACCACAGCCACCCCAAGUGGACCCCGCAUUGUUGUCCUGGAUAUUGGCCUCGCUUCUGAUGCACCCGGUCCCACGGCGGGUGAAAUUCUUGAAAUCACUUUGGACGGAAAGCUUAAGCAGGUUCUGGUUUCCGACCAACACUAUCCGGAUGGAAUUGAUGUCGACUAUGAGAGUGACCGGAUGUUCUGGACUACUAUGGGUACUCCAGGAAAGGAUGAUGGCUCCGUCUACUCUGCCAAGACAGAUGGAACUGAUAUUCGUCAAAUUGUUCCUUCUGGUGCGGUAAAUACCCCUAAGCAACUUGUUGUUGUGGCGGAACAUAAGAAGAUUUACUUCUGCGACCGUGAAGGACUCCGCGUUUACCAAUGCAACUAUGACGGUUCUUGCCUGGACUUGUUAAUAGAUAACCGUGGAUCUGAGGCUUCCCAGGCAGACCCCGAUCAUUCUAAGUGGUGUGUAGGCAUCGCCGUGUCCCCCAAGCUGGGCAAGUUCUUCUGGACGCAGAAGGGGGUUUCCAAGGGCGGCAAAGGCCGUAUCUUCACUGCCAAUAUUGAGAUGCCUAGUGGCCAGUCACCCAAGACAAGAGACGAUAUCAAGUGUCUUAUGGCGGGUCUUCCCGAGCCGAUUGAUCUUGAGCUGCAUGAAGAGACUCUCCAGCUUUACUGGACUGACCGCGGCGAGCUUCCCUUAGGCAACACGUUGAACCGGGUUCAGUUGACUAAAUCUGGCCUAUUGACGGAGACUUCUCCGCAGAAGCAUGAGAUUCUCACCAAGAAUCUUCACGAGGCAAUUGGCUUGAAGCUAGAUACUAAGAACGGUCACAUUUACAUGACCGAUCUUGGUGGCAGCAUCUACCAGUGCGAUCUGGAGGGCAAGAAGAAGAAGGUAAUUUACUCUGGUGAGACUCGCGCUUUCACUGGGAUCUGCCUCCUAUAA